UUAUAACAAACUGCCCAAUCACUUCCAUCCUCCUCCUAGGACAUAGACCAUCACAUGUACUACUAACUAGCUAUAAUACACUAGACUCAGAGUGACGGUGAAUAAGUGACAGAGAACAAAAAACAGAGACAGUCUUCUUCUUCUUCAUCUUUAUAAUUAACAUCCAAAUCCCUUUCAUCUGAUUGGCUUGUGGGAUCUCUGUUGUUUCUCAAUCCAACAUCCAUUCUCCCCUAUCUGCAGAUAAUGAAGCUUUUCAGCUGGGUACACAACAGGAUCCUCAAUGGAGGAGGAGGAGGAGGAGGAUCACCUCCUCAUCAUCAGACAAAGAAGAAGCAUUCAUCUCCAACUAAUUCUUCUAUAUCUAUUUCAGAUGAUAACAUCCGCAUUCAAGAACAACAAGGAGAGACCCAUGACUGUCAUUCCUCCUCCCGCUUCUUUUUGUCCAUUGGAACUCUCGGAAACAAAUGCCCCCUAGCUUCUGAUGCCCUCAUUCACCCGGAAGACGACGACGACAACAAUGAUACUUCUUAUAACCUAGACAAUGACAACAACAACGAUAAUGAUGAUGAUGACAACGAUCUGUCCAAUUUCACACUGGAAGAAGUUGGACAACUCCAAAAAGAGUUGAAAAAACUCUUGAAAAGAAAAUCAUCUUCCAAAAUCUACCAUCAUCUCUCAUCAGACGAAUCCGUAAACUUCCCUACUUCAAUCUUGGAGGUGGACCACAUAAUUUCCAACAAACACGGAGGAGGAGGAGGAGGAGAAAAAGAAGAAGCGGAAGAAGCUCUUGAUCGCACGAUCAAACUGAUAAUAGAUAGAUGCAGAGAUGUUUGCAAGGAGAGCAAACGAGGAAAGAGUAUUGGAAAGAGAUCUGUCUCUUUCCUUAUAAAGAAGAUGUUUAUGUGCACGAAUGGCUUUAAGCCUUCUCCCAGAAGCUUCAGGGAUAAUGCACCAUUCCAAGAAUCAACAUUAAUGGACAAGCUAAUAAGAACAAUGCUCUCAAAGAAGAUACAUCCGCAGAGCUCUUCUCCUUCACCAUCAUCAAUAAAGAAACGUUUGGAGGAAAAACCUAGUUCAAAUUCUGAGUCUCAAGUAGUGGAGACAAAGAGUGAAUCAGGAUCCAAAUGGGUGAAGACCGAUUCAGAAUAUAUUGUAUUGGAGAUCUGAAAGAUGCUUGCCACCUUGAAUCAAAUUGAAAGCAAGAGGACGUGCUUCUUUUUUCUUUUUCUUUUUUUUGAGUGCCAUCAGAGAUAAGGAGGACAGACCAGUUUUUCUCUCCAGUUUGGUUAGGAGAAAGAUAUCAAACUGACUGCCUCUCUUUUCUUUUUCUUAGCUCUGGAUGGAUUCUAGUAGUAGUACCAGACACUCCUCUCUCUUUUUUUUUCAUGGUUGUAUUAUAUCUUAGCAUCUACCAAUCUUGAUCUCCUCCUAGUAUAGUUUAUGAAGAAACGUUUGUGAUUGUGUAA